AUGGCGCUUCAUGACGAGUUUGUGCCGGAUCUGGGACCGCAGGGUUUGGCCGACCGAUUCCCGACAUGGUUGGAGACGGUCAUUUGCACAUCACCGGAAGCUGACAUGCGCAGCCCUCGCGCCGUGGCGUGGGUCAAGGACACAGGUGCCUUGUAUGUGGCCGACAUGUCACAGCAUUGCGUGUGGCGCUGCACUCCUGGACAAGUGCCUGGCAUCGUGGCUGGCCAACAGGGCCUUCGUGGUGGCAGUGCAGGCCCGCGUUGGCCAGGAGACGGAUGUGAUGGGCGCAUGGCAGCGCUGGAAUACCCUCACGACGUUGCCCUGUCAGAUGACGAGAUGACUCUGUACGUUUGUGAGCUCUAUGCCGUGAGGGCGUUGGAUCUAACGCGGGAGCCACCAACAAUGCGAACUGUGUUCCAAAGCGAGUAUGGUCUUGGUGGCAUUGCGUUCUCGACAAUCGGGCAGUGCCUCGUCGUUGCCGUGCACAGUGGGCAUUUGCUUCUUGAAGUGCCCCUGGACGAGAUGGGAAACGAACAAUACUUCGAUGGUGCCAGUGCCAGACAGAUGCCAGCGUCCUUCAAGGUGGUGGCGGGAACUGGUCAACCUGGCCCCUUGGUGUCCGAAGCUCCAGCUCUGCACGCCGCGAUCAAUAACCCUUUGAAGGUGAAGGUGUCCAAGACGGGCGACAUCAUUUUCUUGGAAGCAGGGAACCGUGCAUUGCGAAUGUUGGAGCGAUCCACAGGAAAGCUGAUCACCUUGUCUUCGGCAGUGGAUGCCCCGGACGGCUUGGCACUGACGCCUCAAGGCACGGCCUUCAUCGCGGAGGGCCGCAGUUCGGAGGUGCUGCAGUUCCGCCCGAGUGCGAGCAUCGAGUGGAACUGGGGCACUUGCGCGGGCACAGGUGAGAGUGCCAGCCUGCCUUUGCCGCGCCACCUCAUUCCGAACACAGCUGGCGUGUGGCCAGGACUUGGAAAGGGGCACAUAUAUGGCCCUGCCUUGGCUGCGCGGCUGGCGAGGCCACAAGGCCUGUGCUGGGUGCCUGGCUAUGGCUUGCUGAUCUGUGACGUCCAGUGCCAUGCCAUCUUCUUGGUCCGGAGGAACGGGGAUCUCGGCCAGUACCUAGGGCAGCGCUGCACUGUGGUCCUGAAGGCUUUGGAGGAAGAGCGACGUGGGCUUGCGGAGGAGUUGCGAGGAAGACAGCUCAGGAUCGAGGAAGAGCGGAGUGCACUGGGCUACGACCAGGAGCGGCUCCAGAUCCUUACCGGUCACCGUGAACCUGAAGACGAUCUCAUCGCGCUGAACGUCGGUGGAGAGGUCUUCACAACCAGGCGAUCCACGCUGUGUGUCUUCGAUGAUUCUUACCUGUCCAACCUGUUCUCGGGACGGUGGGAGGCGAGCAUUGAGAAAGACAGUGGUGGCCGCUACUUCCUGGACUUCGACCCAGUGUGCUUCCGGCUGUUGUUGAACGUCCUCCGGACCAAGCGCUUUGAGAGCCAGCGCGCCCCUUUUCCCCUGCCGAAGGUUCCGCCGGAAAAGGAAGAGCAGUUCUGGCACCUCGUCGAGUACUUUGGCCUCACGGAGGCCUUCCAGGAGGUGGAGGCUGCGGCCGCUGCGAGCGCAGCAGCCCGGCCGAAAACGAACGAAGACUCGACCAAUCCUUCGCAGCCAGCGCUGGGUGCUUCUCUGAUGCAGUCUGCGGGCGCUCUGCUUCGCACUCUCCGACAGGCUGCCGGCGAGCAAGGCCCGCCCGACCCUGCUGGGGCCUCGGCCUCGGAGGCGCAUGCGCCGCCUGCCCCAGUGCCUCAUCCGGGUCGACAAGCCUUCAACCCGGACAUGACUGCCACCGUUACCGAGACGCAGGCAUUUGCCACUUUUCCAACGACUGGGCCUGACGCAUUGGCUGCUGUAGCCGAGCCGCAGCGUGCAGCUCCGGAGGUCGCCUCCACCACCACCUUCAUCUCGGCCGCAAGCCAGCCAUCCGCCCCCGGCCCCGCGGCUGCUUCGGCCAGAACUCCUGGCUGGUCCAGGAAGGUCGCGCAUCGGCUGGCAGCUGUAGAGGAUGACAUGACCACGCUCCACAUCAGCAGCUCGAGGGCUGCCGCCUCCGCCGCGGCGGCCCGGGCCUCCCGGGGCUUCCGUGCAGGGCGCCACACUUGGGAGCUCAAGGUGCUGCUGUGCUCGGAUUGGUCCUACAUCGGCCUUGUCUCUGAAGAGUGGACCUCCCUCACUGUUCCCAUCGGCCGCGCUGAUCACUCCUGGGGCAUUGCAUCCGGCGGAGCUCUUUUCGCUGGCGGUCGCGAAAUUGGCCGAAUUCAGGGAUAUGGAUCGGACAGCUGUUUACGUUGGGUCGUGGACAUGGACACACGGACUGCUUCG